UCCAGCCAUAUAAACAAAACCGUUACAUUUGUACUGUUGUUAUUUUUUCUGUUUCCUGGAUUCUCCAAGUCCGUUGGAGUUCCACCCAGGCGCGCAGGGGGAGAGAGAUGGCACACAGUGAGAACCAACCAUCGUCCUUUUCUGAUAUAAUAGAAUUAAACGUCGGAGGGCAAGUGUAUGUAACUCGACAUGCAACUUUAGUCUCCGUGCCAAACUCUCUCCUGUGGACUAUGUUCGUACAGAAGAGCCCUACAGAAAUACCGAAAGACAGAAAAGGGCGCUACUUCUUUGACCGGGAUGGAUUUCUGUUCAGGUAUAUUCUGGAUUAUCUGCGGGAAAGGGACAUCGUUCUACCGGACUUCUUUAAGGAGAGGGGUCGGUUACAGAAGGAGGCAGAGUUCUUCCAGCUGCACGAGCUCGCACAGCGCCUCAGACCGGCAGUGAGUAAAGAUAACUCUCUCGGGGACGAGCUGUGCGCCCACGGGGACCCGGAAGAGGCUUCGCUCGCGUGCGCUCUGGGUAGUAGCAGCAUCACCACGACCGGGGUGAGCAGCCCGACUCCGAGCCUUCGCUCCCCGCUCCAGAAGCAUGGCUAUAUUACCAUUGGUUACCGGGGCUCCUACACCAUCGGGAGGGAUAUUCAAACGGACGCCAAGUUCAGGCGAGUGGCCAGAAUAACGGUUUGCGGAAAGACGUCGCUGGCCAAAGAAGUUUUCGGUGAGACUCUGAAUGAGAGCAGAGACCCGGACAAACCACCCGAGAGGUACACCUCCCGGUACUAUCUGAAGUAUAACUUUCUCGAGCAGGCGUUCGACAGGCUCGCGGAGGUCGGGUUCCGCAUGGUGGCUUGCAGCUCCACGGGCACGUGCGCGUACGCGAGCAGCGACCCGAACGAGGACAAAAUCUGGACCAGCUACACCGAAUACGUGUUCUCCCGGGACUGAACAACCCGUUACCGGGCCCGCUAGGUAGCUUUACCUGAAGGGUACUGGGACAGUGACGUCACGCGAUGCUCACCUGUACGGUAGAGAGACGACCUGCAGAAAUGUGAAAACUCCUCUAUCUUCUCUAUAUGUCCCAUCUGAUUAUGGGAAAGGUUAAAGGUUACUGAGGAUUAUCCUGAAAGUAUGGACAUAUUGGUGGUUGUUUUGCCCCGGUCUAUAUGAGUCUAAUAGAGGUAUGUUUCAUGCUGCAGACCAGUCUAUAUUAUACAGUUAUACGACUGUUGUGACAGAAUGCUCUCAAUGUGUUUGUGCUAACACACACACACACACACACACACACACACACACACACACACACACACACACACACACACACACACACACACAAAUAUUAACACACACAAAUAUUAACACACACACACACACACACACACACACACACACACACACACACACACACACCACACAAAUAUUAACACACACACACAUACACAUACACACACACAUACACACACACACACACACACACACACGCACACACGCACACACGCACACACGCACACACACAGAUUGGGGAUGCUACUUCGGCAGCCCGUUUUCCCACCUUAAGUUGUGGGAUCUUGUUUUUAGCCCUGCAGAACGUUACGUUUGGAUUUGUGUUUUGUUGGAAUUCAGUAUUAAAAAUCAUGAACACUU